AUGGCUGACAGAAGACCUCGCACAAGGUCACCUUCUCCUCGAAGAUCUUCAAUGCGCGACGAGCGGCCGCGAAGAAACCACAGCCGUUCAAGGUCCCGAUCGCCCCAUAGACGCCGAGAACCAGAUCGCCGUGGAGGACGUCGAGGCGGAGGAGGGUUCCGCUGGAAAGAAAAGCGUAGACAAGAUGGCGAUGGUGAUGGUGAUAGGGAAGAAAGGGCGCCAGACCGCAAUUACAGAAAUAGAUCGCCCAGGCGCGAUGACCGUAAAGAUAGAGAUGAACCACCCAGAGGGCCUAGAGAAUCGCGCAAUGCGACAUCCAGCAGUAAAUCCGCCGCCAACGUCGACGAUAAGUUCGAUCUAGCUUCCAAAUUUGGCUCUUCUACGUCUUCGAAAACACCUCAAGCGGAUCCCGGGGCGAAGGCUAAGGUGGAACAAGCACCUCAAGCAACUGGGGAGCCUAUGAUUAUUGUCCAUGUCAACGAUCGACUCGGUACAAAAGCUGCAAUCCCUUGCUUGGCUUCUGAUCCGAUAAAAUUGUUUAAGGCUCAGGUCGCAGCAAGAAUUGGGAGACAGCCUCACGAAAUUUUAUUGAAAAGGCAGGGAGAGCGGCCAUUUAAAGACCAGUUGACACUCGAGGACUAUGGUGUUAGUAAUGGGGUUCAAAUCGAUUUGGAAAUUGACACUGGAGAGUGA